GUCACUAUGGAGCUGCUGAUGGUAAAUGACAGAAUAAUUAAAAAGAUGGAGUGGACACGAUGUCUUGAUCUGUGUUACAAACAGCCAUAAAUAGAUUAAGAGUGAUGUUGGCAUUCCCAUUUCUGAGAGUAUCGGCUGUGCCCUGUUAAGAGCUUCUGUUGCUAAAUAUAUCAUUCGAAAAUGAAACAAGAUUAGAGCAGCAGACGCAAACGAAACAUUGGAGCUGGAAUAGAGCUGAUUGAACUAUUGCCUCCAAGGGUAAUUUCAAGAACCUGGGAGAUUGUGCGUUCAGCUAUUUACCAGCGAAAACUAAAGAGCCUCUAUACAUCAAAAGACAAACAUAAACCAUCGAAAUAGAGGAAGUAAAGAGGAAAUCAAACAACUUCUGUCAGUUUAUGCAAGAUUCAAAAUCUCACCCAGACCUUCUGUAAUACUCAGAGAAAAGUAAAAGAUAACGUUAUUGUCGGACACAUUUGAUCUGGAUAUCGUGUCCCCGUAGCUGUUCGACCGACUGUCUGUGUCGAGUUAUUUUGAGAUAGAGACAGUUCCGAGAGAAGAUGUAUCCUCCGCUACCCCUGGCUAUUAAAUCAGUGCUUAUUGUGGAGGCUUGUCUAAUCGUCGCUUUCAACAGUAUAAUAUGGUUCCUUUUCUUAAAGCGUCGUCACUUGCGAAACAAGUCUAACUAUUUUAUUGCUUCCUUAUCUGCUUCGCACCUCCUCAUUGGGCUGUUCGCUGUGCCUUGCUAUGUAUCAUCCAGGAGAAAAACUAGAUCUUCACUUACAUUGUGCACAGAAGUGUUUUACUAUUUCCUUUGUUCCUCUAUUCUCAAUUUGUACCUGGUUACUUAUGAACGUUAUUUAUCGAUAAUGAAACCACUCUUCUAUCAUCGACGCAUGGGAUCCAGUUUUGUGGUUGGAGUGAUCAUUACUGCCUGGAUUUUUCCAAUCAUUCCUAUUACCAUUGACACGUUAUUCAGAACAAGAAUGAAAAUACAUCGUUUCUCCGUUGGCUACCUUAUUUAUCACUGGACACAAACGCUUUUAUUUCUGACAAUAUUUAUUGUUCUCGCGGCGGUGAAUAUAGCCAUGUUUCGAGUUGCCAAAAGACAACUGCAGGCAAUACAGGCUGUACAAUCCAUGAACUCCACAAUUGUUCGGCGACCAAGCGUUCAGUCUAGCAGACAGGAGAAAAGGACAACGUUUUUCUUUGUUUACAUUGUUACAAUAUUUUUGUUAUUCUGGCUUCCCAGGAUUGGAGGUGAAGUAUAUGAGCUAGUCCAUCACAAAGUUCUGGAUCAUACCAAUCCUGACGUUAUAACUUUAUGUAUUGCUCUUCUUACGCCGAUAUUUGACCCUCUCAUCUAUCUGUUUUUCAAAGCCGACUUUAAGAAAGCCAUGCGAAAAAUGCUUCGCAAGAGUAAUCGGCUUCAAGCUCGUGUGUCUCCCUACAGAAAUACCCCAGCCGAGAGCUAAAUGAUUUAGGAGUAGUGCCGGAGACAAACGCAUUGUGGUCAGCUUGCGAACUUGACACUCAUUAAAAAUCCGGCGACAAAGAUAUUUUUUAUUUUCGAAGUAUGGGGAAAAUAUUUCCAUUGCAUUUCUUUAUAAUGCAGAGCUCCUUUAUUUUCCUCUCCGAAGCAGAUCUGGGCAGUGGAGAGUUUUCGUGACAGGAAAUGGACCUUAUCAGCGCAAGGCUAAACGGCAUUUGGACCCAACUUAUGUCUAAAAUGAACCGACUAUUUAUCAGUGGUGCAAGUGUCAAGUGUUCAAUCCUUGUGAAGCAAAUGAACCAUGUCUUGUAAAACCUACAAGACUUAAGGCACACUGAACAGAAAUUGUUGACUUAGAUUACUUCUGUCUUAUCUGAGAGUAAUUGCGAAUCUAAUGGGUAAACGUACCAGUUGAAUUGAUGUAUGCCGGCCAAACGUCGUUUAGGAACAGUUUACUAGUCAGAGGACCAAUUUUAUGGUGAUUCUAUCUCCAAGAACCAAUAUCUGGUCAUGAAAAUAACUCUACUCAUCAAUCUUAACCGCGAACAUCUUUACGGAGCACGGAAAUUCACAGAAGUUGGCCACAACCGACAAUGCGCUGCUUUAGUUGUACUGAAAGACCUUAAAUACCAACAGGCUACAAUAAAUCUUGCAUAAUGGAUGUCUAUUAUCGAGAAAUUAGUUUCAACUGACUUUUAAAGACAGGGAUCAACCAUCAUUUUAUACUGAUUGUCGUAUAUUUUGGCAGAUAUACAUGAACUAUUGAUCCUAACAGGUCGUAAAAUGUUCCUGAAUAUUAUUAAAACCAAGUGAUAACCAAUUGCAGAGUAAUAUACAAUCAUUACCUGUCACAAUCUGGUUUUCUUUGCAGACGCUGCAACGCGGCGGCUUAUAGCAAAAACUUUAUUCUUUCUGUGUGAGCAAUACUCAGCGUGUAAGACCAGAGGGUAUCACUUGCGCGCAACCUUAUUUUUUUUCAUACUAUGUACCCAGUAUAAAUACUAUCAAGACGGCGUGCUGCCUUACGUGUUCGUGACUGCAAAAUCAUAAAUAGAUAACAAGUCCUUUAAGUAUUGGUUGUUAUGUGGCAAGAUGAAAGAAAAGUUAUUUCACAGAGAAAUAGUUCAAAUUGACACUGGGAAAAACUGACGAACUGAGCUUUGCUCUGCAGGAUGAAAAACCCUUUCACACUAUAUAUCAGUUACGCUUAAAUAACCUCUUUCGUCAAGAGUUGGCUGUCUUUCCACUUGACGGUAAAAUAUGGAAUAAAUAAAAAACUUAUACCAAAGCCACAGCGGUUAUGUAAGUGGCUAUAUAUUAACGUGUUGGAAAGAACUUUGUCAAUUUUAUUAUCGCGCGGCGAAUCGUUUCUCAGGUAGAAUUAACAUCGAUGUGAAUGCAAUAUAUGUUAUGAGGCAUGUA